AUGAGAUUGAUUGAAACCUCGACGUUCGAGCUCUCGGAGUUUAUUGGAAGCCAUAUCCCUUUCUAUGCUAUUUUAUCUCAUCGACUUCGCGGAUGUUGCGCUCAAGCUGCGAAAGAUGGCUUUCAAUGGGUUUGGAUUGACUCCUGCUGUAUAGACAAAAGCAGCAGUGCCGAGCUCUCCGAAGCCAUCAAUUCCAUGUUCAAGUGGUAUGAGGGCGCCCAAGUAUGCUACGCAUAUCUCUACGACGUCACCUCGUCCAUUGACAACCUCUCCAAUGUGUAUGCUGAAUUCCGACGCAGUGAAUGGUUCACGAGAGGCUGGACGCUGCAGGAAUUGCUCGCGCCGCAAUGUGUGGAAUUCUACAACCGCGACUGGGUUGAGAUUGGUACCAAAUCCAGUCUCGCCGAGAUGAUAAAGAAAAUCACGGGCAUCAACCGCCUAUUCAACUACGAGCUCGCCUGCGUGGCGCAGAAGAUGUCCUGGAUGGCGCGGAGAGAAACCACGCGGGAAGAAGACAUCGCGUACUGUCUCAUGGGGCUCUUCGGCGUCAACAUGCCGACACUAUACGGUGAGGGAAGCAAAGCCUUUCUUCGGCUCCAACAAGAGAUUCUGAGCAAGUCCGAAGACGAAUCGAUAUUUGCGUGGGAAGGACCGCUGGGCGAGUUCCACGAAAGCGGGCUCUUGGCUCACUCGCCGAAAUGGUUUGGAGACUGUGCACAUCGUAGGAGAGUUCUGGAGACAAACCUUAAUCUCUUGGCUGACUGA